AUGACAGAAUUUCUACGUUUUAAUGAGAGUUACGAGUCUUUUGAGCAGCGAUGCACCAACGAGACCGUUUUCGAUUGUACCGAAGAAGAGAUGUUAUGGUGGAUGAUAGGGCCUCGACGUCUUUCUCUAACAGUGCUUACACCGGUGACGGUGGUGUUGCUGCUUAUCUUUGCGACGGGAGUGGCGGGGAACGUGGCGGUGUGUGUGGUGAUCGUGCGGCACCCGGCCAUGCACACAGCCACUAACUACUACCUGUUCAGCUUGGCCCUUAGUGACCUGCUGUUGCUGCUGUUCGGUCUCCCCAACGACCUACUGGUGUGCUGGCACCAGUACCCCUACUUCCUGGGCAUCGUGUUCUGCAAGCUGCGGGCCCUCAUCUCAGAAGCAGCCUCCUACGUGUCGGUGUUGACGAUAGUCGCCUUUUCCCUCGAACGUUACCUGGCUAUCUGUCACCCCCUGCACCUGUACACCAUGGCAGGGCUACGGCGCGCGCUGCGGAUCGUGGCCGCGAUUUGGGCCCUGGCGAUGGUGGCCGCCGUGCCUGUGGCUACGUACACUAGCAUACAUUACCUGGACUAUCCACCAGGUUCCGGCAACCUAUCCAGGGAGUCAGCGUUCUGCGCCAUGCUAACCAUGCCCUCCUGGUACUUGUGUGAGCUGAGCAGUCUUCUCUUCUUCAUACUACCAGCCUUCAUCAUACUGGGGCUGUAUGUGCGGAUGGGGCUUCGCAUUAGAUCGUCGUGCAGCAACUCCGGCAGCCCGGGCACGCUCAACGGCGUCAAUGGCAGCGUGCAUGGCGAAGCCAGACAAGCGCAGUCCAGGAAGACCAUCAUUAGGAUGCUAGCCGCCGUAGUGGUAGCUUUCUUCGUGUGCUGGGCGCCCUUCCACUUCCAACGGCUCUUCUACAUCUACGGGAGAGCCACCCCCCACUUCUCGACCAUCAACGAAUACCUAUUCUUCGUGGCUGGCGGACUCUACUACGUCUCGGCCACUGUCAACCCUAUACUGUAUAAUCUCAUGAGUCAUAGGUACAGGAUAGCGUUCAAAGAAACGCUCUGCUUCGGUCGUGCGAGACGCAAGAGCAAGUACUACCGAGAACAUUCCAGCGUUCGGGAGACCACCGUGAACCACACCUCUGACGGGUCCCACCUCGUCAGAGUCCGUUCGCAGAGCGGAGACAGGAGAAAUCGCAUCAGCCACAAAGUCUUCCGGCGAUCCAGCUUCACUGAAACCUCGUCCACCGACAGAUGGAAGGUCAACUACUUCAAGACCAAGGACUCCUGCCUUCUGAACAGCGCUGACUCCUCUCCGUACAACAGCAAAGAGACCAGGCAACUAGUCAACGAUGUUAAGAAAAACAGUGACGUCAGUUUUUGAAAGAAACCCUGUAUAUUUUGAAAGGUGGAUCUUAAC